UUCUUUUUUUUUUUUUAAUUUUUCAGACCUGAUUCCCUUGAGGGUAAUUGUUAAGUUAUGGAACAGUGCAAUGCACAUAGCUCAGGUCUUCUAGUUCCAUAAAAGCAUUCCCACUAGUUAGAAAAGAACCAAAGAAAUAAAGUUCCUCCAGCAAGGAGUUUAUGUAACCAUGUCAUCUUCUGCAGUGCAACAGAAAAUAUUGAAUUGUUCUGAAUACGGAAAUGGAUCUUGCCCAGAAAGUGAAAGGUCGCUGGCUGCCCGAGCUGCCAUGUAUUCAUUCAUGACCGGAGCCAUAUUCCUCACAGUGUUUGGCAAUCUGGCCAUGGUAAUUUCCAUUUCUUACUUCAGGCAGCUUCACACACCAACCAACUUCCUCGUCCUCUCCAUGGCGGUCACUGAUUUCCUCCUGGGAUUCACCAUCAUGCCGUACAGUAUGAUCAGAUCGGUGGAGAACUGCUGGUAUUUCGGGCUUAUAUUUUGCAAGAUCCAUUACAGUUUCGACCUGAUGCUUAGCAUAACGUCAAUUUUCCAUCUCUGUUCAGUGGCCGUUGAUAGAUUUUAUGCUAUCUGUUACCCUUUGCGGUAUUCCACCACCAUGACGAUUCCAGUCAUUAAACAGUUGCUACUUCUCUGCUGGUCGGUCCCCGGCGUAUUUGCAUUCGGGGUGGUCUUCUCGGAAGCCUACGCUGAUGGUAUAGAAGGCUACGCUACCUUGGUUGCUUGCUCCAGUUCCUGCCCCGUCAUGUUCAACAAGCUCUGGGGGACCACCUUGUUUAUGGCAGGUUUCUUCACUCCUGGGUCUGUGAUGGUCGGGAUUUAUGGCAAAAUUUUUGCAGUAUCCAGAAAACAUGCUCGUGCCAUCAAUAACUUGCCAGAGAAUCGAAAUAAUCAAAUGAGGAAAGACAAGAAAGCAGCCAAAACUUUAGGAAUAGUGAUGGGUGUUUUUUUAUUAUGUUGGUUUCCCUGUUUUUUCACCAUUUUAUUGGAUCCCUUUUUGGACUUCUCUACUCCUGUCGUGUGGUUUGAUGCUUUGACAUGGCUUGGCUAUUUUAACUCCACAUGUAAUCCCUUAAUAUAUGGUUUCUUCUAUCCCUGGUUUCGCAGAGCGCUUACGUCCAUUUUGCUAGGGAAAAUUUUCAGCUCACAUUUCCAUAAUACAAAUUUGUUUACUCAAAAAGAAACUGAGUAGACUUAUUCUGUUUGAGUGAAUAGAAGCAAAAGGACUGGAAAUUAGAAGAAGGACGUUGCUUAACGUGUGUGUGUGUGCAUGUGCACGCAGGUGUGAUUUUGACUACCAUGGAAAAUUUUUAGUUUCUAAGACCUGAAGGAAAAAGGAAACUUUCUUUUUUUAUUGAAAUAUAGUCAGUUUACAAUAUUGUGCCAAUUUCUGGCAUACAGCAUGAUGUUUCAGUCAUACCUAUACUUAUAUAGGUUCUUACAAUAACUUAUAAUGAAAGAGAAUAUGAAAAGGAAUAUAUGUAUGUAUAAGGAAUCUGCUUUGAACCAAACAUUCCUUCCUUUUCAGAAUAAUUCUUAUGCCCACUACUUCUAGAUAGAGAAGAAGGAAGAAAGUUAGAAAGGUAAAGAGAAGGUGGGAAAAGCCAGGGACAGGAUGUAGAGGACACACAAAACCUUUUAUACUAUUUGGAAGAGAUCCAAACACAAGCUGAACAUGAGGGUUGCGCCCAGUCCCCCAUCACCUCCAUACACGCUUUGUGCGAUAUUUCCAUUUACUUUUUUUCUCUCAGAGUCUGAUCAGAUGUAUUUUGAAACAUCGACCACUAAAAAUUACAGGUAAAGAAAUACAGCAGUAACAAUUUCAAGAAGGUAUAUGCUGUCAGGAAUCUGUCAUUUGGUAAUUGAGAGUUAAGGCUUUACUAGAUUUUACUGUUGUGAGAUUAAACAUUUUUUAAAUGAAAGAGGGAAUGGAAACUAACCAGACUGCACUUACAUUAUGGCUCAUGUAUCACUCGAAUCAUCACAGUUGGCAGUUUUCUAUUUUACUUGCAGGAGAAUUCCGGUCAGUGCCCUCCCUUCUUUCUCAGGCUCAUUCACACUUUGUAUUGCUAAGUGGUCUGAGUUUUAAUAAAUGUAAAAUA